AUAAUACAAUCUUAUUCCAAUGAGAUUACUAAUGAAUCUGUUAAAACUAUUUUAAAACGUCACGGCUAUUUUGAAGAUACACAAGUAUUAGCUGAAACCUUAAAACCUAUUCGUGCUGCCAUACAAAUAACAGAAAGUAAAGAUACUACAAUGGCCGACUGUUACAUUAAUUUAAUUAAAAUUGCAUCAGCAAUUAAAGAUCUUUCAUCUGAAGAUUAUCAAGAUUUUCGAAAUCAUUGUAUUAAAGUUUUUAAUGAACGAUUUAAAGAAUUUACUGAUGAUGUUUAUUUGUUAACAUAUCUUUUACAUCCGCAAUUUAAGG